AGUUUAUUAUAUUUUUUCAUUCUUUUUUUAAAGAUUCGUUUUCAUUUUCAAUCCCUCCCUCCAAUUUUAUCUGUCUCGAAUGAUGUUUCAAAGGCUUAAUAUUGCUUUCUUUGCCAUUACUUUUUUUUCUGCAACCAUUUGCGAAACCUGCCGACAUAUGCAUUAUGAAAGGCGUGGCAAAGAAAUUCAGGAAGGAAUUAAAGUAGUAUUUCGUGAAGAAGAGCAUGAAGCACCAUUUCAUUUAUCAUCCUUGGAGUCUGAUAACCUCUGCGAACCAAGUACCUCAUCUGCGCGUGUUCAGUGUGAACCAAGUAGUAUCUCAUCUGCGCAUGUUCAGUAUGAACCAAGUACCUCAUCUGCGCAUGUUCAGUAUGAACCAAGUACCUCAUCUGCGCAUGUUCAGUAUGAACCAAGUUCCCCAUCUCCGCAAGUUCAGUAUGAGACUGAAACAACAUCGUCGCAGUCAUCACAGAGUACUGUACCUGACCAGGAAGUCAGCAUAUGGGAAGAUGAAAUGGAGCUACAACAGCAGAAACGACACACCUUGAAUGAAGCGAUCAACGAGAUGAGCAGUGGUCGCAUUAGUCCUGUAUUAUCAACGUUAAAUACUUCUUGGGAUGACAUCUCCAUUACCCAACAAAAAUAUUAUUCAAGAAAAGCAAAGGAGAUGAUAUCAACUGCGCUGACAACUUUCAGCCCUGGCCAAGAACACAARUUGUGGGAGUCAAUCAAACGAGGAACUUUACCUGGAAUCGAACCAACUGGUAGUGCUAAUAGGCUUCACUUUGAUGGAACCGAAGGGUUGGUGAAUGUUCUUGUGAAAGCAUACAACCAAGCAGCGUCAUGGCAAAUCAAAAGACAAAUUCUGUCUCUUUUUGCUAACGAUUUUACAAAAACUGAACUUCAAGAAUUAAUAUCUGGACUGUCAAAGUGGAAAAUCGACCAGGCACGUAUACAUGGCAUCGAGACAGGGAAAGGUCAGACUGUGUCUACUCAACCUCUCUUUCGCCAAAGAAUCGAACAAGCAAAGGUAGACCAUUUUAUAGAGUACAUAUCCCAACCAGAAUUCUUACAAGAUGUUGCUUUUGGUACCAAAACUAUGAAGCUCGACUCAGGAGAAAAU